AUGAAGGUCAAGCCGACACUUCUGCUGCUGGCCCUUGGGGUUGGGCUCAUUUUAGGAAUCUUGGCAGGCUGUUGCCAUGGCUCUCUGCAGGUAGGGUUUUACGUUGGCAAAUGCGGAUUUGCAGAUGUUGAGGCUCUAGUGGCUGGCGUUAUCAGUGCACAUUUCUUAAGAGACCCUACAAUCGUUGCCGCCCUCUUACGCUUGCAGUUCCAUGAUUGCUUUGUUAAUGGGUGUGAUGGAUCCAUACUUAUAGAUGGAAUCAAUAGUGAGAAAACAGCACCGCCAAAUCUGAGCGUUAGGGGAUAUGACAUUAUCGACGAAGCAAAGGCUGUUGUGGACAACGCAUGCCCUGGCGUCGUCUCUUGUGCUGAUCUCAUUGCAAUAGCUACUAGAGAUGCUGUUUUCUUGAGUGGUGGAGGAAGAUACGAAGUUGAAACAGGAAGAAGGGAUGGUUUAGUUUCCAUAGCUCAAAAUGUGAGUAUCCUAGGCCCUAAAAUAUCAGUUCCUGACGCCAUUGCAGCGUUUGCUGAUAAAGGGCUCAGUGCUACAGACAUGGUGCUCCUUUUAGGUGCCCAUUCUGUUGGAGUUGCUCAUUGUUCCCUCAUCAAACACCGUCUCUACAAUUUUCAAGGCACUGGCAAUCAUGAUCCAGCUAUGGAUCCUUUCCUAGUUAACAUCUUGAGAUCAAGGUGUCCUCAGAUUUCCCCUAUAGACAACACAGUUAAUCUUGAUCAAAAUCCACUUAGUCCCUUUUUAAUGGAUGUCUCCUACUAUCAGAAUAUAAUGCUGCACAGAGGCAUUCUCCAAAUUGAUCAACAGCUGGGAAUGGACCCUUUGACUAUGCCCAUAGUGAGAAAUCUAGCUUCAGAAUUUGAUUUCCCUACCAGGUUUGGCGCUGCCAUGGUUAAAUUAGGCGCUAUAGGAGUUCUUACUGGCACACAAGGAGAGAUUAGGACAUCAUGUAGAGCUACUAAUUAG